UCCUAGAAGAAGCUGAUUAAACGGAUAAAUGUUCCUGACCAGCUGAAAACACACCGAGCUCCGAGUCUGCACAAUGUUUGUGUAGCUAGUGCAUGAAAAGCAGCCUGUGGCUUUUAUUUACUGGACACCCUGGAUACUUUUCAUUAGAAGUUAUAAUAGGAGAGAAUCUGUUUUGAUGAUGGCGUUUGCCAUGCUGCGGCCGAUGGCGACUCACCUCGCGUACCCGGACCACAGCAUGCUGUCUGAGGACGAGGAGACGCGCAGUGAGAGCGACGGCAGCUCAGAGCAGAGCUACGGCUGCUGUGCGGAGAAGCGGCGGCGCAUGGUGCGCAAACCGGCCGUCAGCAGCGUGCUCAUCGUCAAACAGAGGAACGCGGCUAACGCGCGGGAACGCGACCGCACGCAGAGCGUCAACACCGCCUUCACGGCAUUACGGACUCUCAUACCCACGGAGCCGGUGGACAGGAAGCUCUCCAAGAUCGAGACCCUGCGCCUUGCGUCCAGCUACAUCUCCCACCUGGCCAACGUGCUGCUCAUAGGGGACGGCGGCGAGGACGCGCAGCCGUGUUUAAGCGCCGUUUGCAGCGCGCAGGGGGAAACCGGAGGCAAACAACCACGCACCAUCUGCACCUUCUGCCUCAGCAACCAGAGAAAAGGGGUAAAAGACAGUAAAGAUUGUCUCAGGAUGCGGGGAAUCAGUUCCCUGCGCAUGAGCCGACGGUAGCUGGUAGAGCUGAAGGUGGCCAAACUCAGGGAACAUGAAUAAAAAUGAGAGAGAGAGAAAAGAGAAGAAGGAGAGAGAGAGAGAGAGAGAGGCGCACGAGGAGAGGCGCACUGAGAGCUUGCGCUGGAGCACGCAGAGACUCAAGGACUCGUAAGAGAUUCAAAAGACAGCUCUUUAUUGAUUUCUUUCAUGUAUUUGAACAUUUUAAUGCAGUGCAUAAACUUUUUUUUUGUUGUUGUUCUAAAGAGAAUUUAUAGAUUUUUCUACAAAUAUUGUGUGAAUCUCACAAUGAAUAAAAUAUAUUUUUGAUCAGAUUUCAGCCUGCAUGGUUUUAUUGCAUGAUUAAAGCCAUGCAUAGAUGUGACACUGCAACAUGGCAAUGACUUGAUCAAGAUACUGAAUGCACUUGUUGUUUUUUAAUGCAGUUUAUUAAUAAUUCAACUUGUGUGCUUUUCAAAACAGCUUUGUUUUCGUAUUUAUUCGUCCAUGGCAUAUAUUCAUUCUGCUAUGAUAUUUCUUUGGACAUUUUUCAAUUAUACAAUUCAAGUACUGUGCAGUAGGUAAUUAUUGAAUAUAAUUUAAAAGAUUACAGUUUGCUGGCAACAGUUUUUUUGUGCAUUUCCCUGACAUUAAAAGGUACAGUUUUUGUAAAUAUGAUCAAAUUACCCUAUAGUAGUAUAUUAAAAAAAUAUCUACCAAUUUACCAUAAAAGAGCCUGUCUUUAUGAUAUAUCUGCACAUUUAAACAUUUUUAAAAGUUCACUAUGUAUCCUUGCUAAACAUAGCUACAGUAUUCCUCUUUCCACCUGUAUAGGAAUGCACAGCCUACAUAAACAAAGGUAUCGUGAGGUUUCAUUUUUCUUGCUCUCAUUAAAACAACUAAAGGGAUUUCCUCUGAUGCCCGCUGUUUUGACACGGAAGGGGCUGUUUAGUGCGCCAGCGGCGUCUUUGGAAGA